GCCGACGGGGAGGAUCGCUGCGCACCGCCCUUUAAGACGGGUCCGAGGCUCGGUCGUUGAUGAAAAAAACAAAACAACAACCAAAAAAGUCGUGGCGGCGGUGCUGGUUCCGAGACGCGGGGGGAAACCGUCUUAUUUCGACGUACGGUUCCAUCCAGCUGGUUUGGAGGACAACAACAAACCGGCCGACCCCAAAACAAUGCGAAAGCGGCCCUCCUCGAUCUCAACCAGGAGCUGAUUUUAUAAUCUCCAUCUCAGUGGUGCAAAAUGGAUGCUGCAUGGAGCAAUUUCCUCUUCCAGGUAGGCUUGAAUGCUCCCACCCAAAACCAAGUGGAGGGGGGCCUCCAAUCGGAGCUCAUGUCGGUCCACACGAGCUCUCCCCAAACCCCACCCACCGAGCACAUAGCUCAGCCUCCCUCCACCGUGGACACCACCGCGCUCAAAGAGGAGCCCAUGCCCAUCGAGGUCCAUGGAGCUGAUCCACACCCUGCUGCCACUUCAUUAGUGAAGCCCAUGUCCCGGCCAGGCCGCGUGCCGCACAUCUGCGCCAUCUGCAACAAGCAGUUCAAGAACAACUACAACCUUCGGCGGCACCAAUCGGUCCACACAGGGCGGCCGGCCAAUCAGAACCCCACGCCGGUGAGGAAGAACCACGCGUGCGAGACGUGCGGCAAAGCCUUCCGCGACGUUUACCACCUCAACCGCCACCGCCUGUCCCACUCGGACGAGAAGCCCUUCUCCUGUCCCAUCUGCCAGCAGCGCUUCAAGAGGAAGGACCGCAUGAGUCACCACGUGCGCUCGCACCAGGGCGGCGUGGAGAAGCCUUACAUCUGCCCCCACUGCAGCAAAGCCUUCUCCAGACCUGACCAUCUCAACAGUCAUGUGCGACAGGUGCACUCCUCAGAGCGGCCCUUCAAAUGCCCGACGUGCGAGUCCAGCUUUGCCACCAAGGACCGCUUACGCGCGCACAUGAUUCGGCACGAGGAAAAGGUCCCGUGCCACAUCUGCGGCAAGCUCCUGUCGGCCGCUUACAUCACGGAUCACAUGAGGGUGCACAACCAGUCGCAGCACCACGUCUGCCAUCUGUGCAACCGCAGCUUCACCACGCUGACCUACCUGCGCGUCCACGCUCAAAAGCACCACGGCCAGGAAUGGAAGGACAGCCCCGGAGGGUUCGGCGGAGCGGGGUCCGGCGGCGUGCUGGUCUGCCAGCUAUGCGGCGUCCACUGCAAGACGCCCACCCAGCUCCAGGGCCACAUGGGCACCCACAGCAGCAGCCAGAGCGCCCAGAGCCCCGCCACCUCCAACGUGGCCACCAGCAGCUCCAUUUCCCUCAGCAACAUGGUGACGGCGCCCACCGUCUACGUCACGGGCGGCACGGUGGUGGACCUGCUGGUCACGGACUGCUCCAGCAUUGCGGCGCCGCAGUCGCAGAGUUAGCGACGGCGGCAAUUACUUCAAGUCCUUGAAAUCAAAAGAGGGCAAGGUAAGAGAAGUGAUGCGCCCACGCUAAUCCGUUUACAGUAAUCGGUCAAAGUUGGAGCAUCAGAAACACGUUGCAUUUCGACGCACUUGCAUUUCAGACGAGCUUGGAUGUCUAAUAAUAAGUUUAAGCAGUGGCAGGUUGUUUGAAAUAAAAAAAUAGUUACACGGGCCAGCAUCUUUGAUCCUCGCAUCCAGCUCGACUGAUGACAACUUUGCUCUCCUGCGCGUCCGUCGCUGUAAUUACAAGAACUUCUCCUCUCUCGCCCUCACCUUUAGCGUUGGCUGCUCUGUUUAACUCACACCAGCGCAGAUCUUACCUCUUUUUUUUUUUUUCUUUAGAUUUUUGUUUCAGCUCACUGACUCAAAAUAUUUAGCGCUUGUGUUAAGAAUGAGAAUUGGCACACUGAGGAAAAAAAAAAUAAAACCUAGAAGGGAAGUUGUGUGUUUGUGUGGACGAGGCAGGGCUUCUUUAGCAUGUUAGCUUGUUUGUUCAGAGUUUUAACAACAAAUCUUUAUACUAAAGUGGUUACAUUAGUUUAGUAAUUAGCGGUAUGGCAUUGUAGGCGGUAUACUUCUCGGUACAGAGUACAGAGGGCGCCAUAGAGCAACGCGCAGGCCCUUUCGCACUGCACUUAGGAGUAACUGGAAACGGCAUGCAGAAAAUGGAGGGGAAAAAAUAUUUUUGCUACUUCCUGGUGUGUUGCUUUGGGCAAGUUUGCAGAACGCCGCGGCAACCAAGUGCAGUUUUCUAAGCGCCUACAGUGAAACCUCCAAAGGUUGAUCCAACCUGACGUGGGAUGAGUUGUGAUGUUCAAUGAAAAACGAGAUGCGGUUCCUGUGAGGAAAUUAUGUUUGGACUCGUAUUUCGAAAACGACUUUGGAGGUCUCACUGUCGUCGUUUGGUUUGUGAGGAUGAUAAUGGGGUUUCUUGCGCUUAAGUCUUCCUCUCCGGGUCGCGCCAAGAAAAAACAAAACAGAAAAAAAGAUGACUUUGAAUCAACACUUCAGCUUUUGAUACUGCGACUCUUGCACCUGUAAGAAAAGAAAAAAGAAAAACUUUUGCAUGAAAGCAAUCUGAAUCGGCUUAACGGCGCAAAAUGAACUUUGAGUGCUUUCACUAAGGUUGUAAACAAUAAUAUUUACAUGUUGAUUUUGUUUUAAAAAAUGAACCUUGUUGGCCAUCUGUUUGAUUGUAACUGUUAUUGCCAUAGUCUUUUUUUUUUUCUUCUUCCUGUUGUUAUUUUGUCUACCUGCCAAUCCAACGAGUAAAUGUUAGCCAUUAGAUUUAGUGUGUAUAGCACCUAACAUAAACUUGUAUCAUUUGACGUGAAUCUCGCCGGUGUCGCGGAGAAAGGGCUUUAAGUCAAGUCAAGAAGCGCCACAGCAAGUUGACAAACAACAAUUUCUGCUUUUGUACUUUUUCAGUUAUGAGUGAAUGUUCCCGUUGAUUGCUUUUGCGUUGUGUUUAAACUGUGUUCUUCCUUCCUAUUGAGGAAAGUUGUCAUGUACUAAACAAUAAUUUUACAUUUACACUAAGAGAAAAAAAAAUACCUCUAGAAAUCUGUACGGCUCUUGUGAUAAAUCUUAAUGCCUUAUCAUACUCAACUGCAUUUUAUGAUGAUCAGAUUAUAGUCAUGGGAUUCAUUAAGAAUAUUAAUGGGAUGUAUUUAUAUUUAUAUUUUUAUAUUUCUCAACGGUAUGCAUGUCCAAAAGGUUAGUGCAAAAACAGAGGGGGGAGAAAAGAUGCUUAUUAAAGUCAUACAAUUUCGGUUAUUUUGUAGAUGAGGUAGAGAUCAAGUUCUUGUUUUGUAAUUUGGACAAUUUCAAGUAAAAUGGGUAAACAUG